AAAAAUAAAAUAAUAUAAAAUAAAAAAAAAAAUAUACAUUUUUCUUUAAAAAAAAAUAUGGGUACUUGUGCUUCUAAAGCGGUAAAAUGUAAUGACCAUUGGAUGGACGGGAUUCCUAUUGAUGAAGAAUUAACCCCAUCACAUAGAAUUAUUAAUGGUAGAAGAUUUCAUACUGAUGAAACUGUAAAAUAUAUUUUUCCUAAUGAUGAUGAAGAGAUUGAAAAGUUAGAAUUACAAUAUUAUUUGUUUAAAGAAUAUUGGAGAACAUGUUAUACUUCUCCCAUAACUCCGAUGUUAACCGCAGGUGGUGGUCGUGUCCUUGAUAUUGGAUGUGGUCCAGGAACGUGGAUAAUGGAUUUGGCAUCUAAAUAUAAAUCAACAACAUUUAUUGGUAUUGAUAUAUCCCCCAUGUUUCCACAACAUGUCAAACCAAGAAAUGCAUCAUUUGUUCAAUAUAAUAUUCUAAAUAAAAUACCAUUUCCUAAUGAUACAUUUGAUUAUGUACAUCAAUCACUCUUAUCUUCAGCAUUCACGACUUCACAAUGGAAAGAAGUGAUAAAAGAAAUAGUUCGAGUGACGAAACCAGGAGGAUGGAUAGAAUUUCUUGAAUAUGAUUAUUUUGUACAUAAUGAAGGACCGAUCUCACAACGAAUAAAUGCCAGUACGAUUUCAUUUUUCUUAUCACAAGGAUUGAUUCCUAAUAUUAGUAAACAUCUUCCGGAAAUUUUACAAUCAACCGAACAAUUAAUGGAUAUUCAUUGUGAAAUAAAAUCGGUACCAAUUGGAAAUUGGGGUGGAACCUUAGGUUCUGUGGCUCUUGAAGUUAUUGGUAUAGAAAUAUCAGCACUUCGAAAUAAUUUACAACCUUUGAUGGGAUUAAGCGAUCAACAUUACGAAGCAUUAAUUGAAGGUUUUGUUUCCGAGGUUAAUAAAUAUAAAUCAUAUAUUAACACUUUUAGGUUUUAUGCCCAAAAAGUGAUGUAAAAUAUUUUUUAUGAGUAUAUAAUUUUAGACAUAAUUUUCAUUAUUUUUUUCGUAGUCAUAAAAGAAAAAGUGCAUAACAUGUGUAAAUCAUCAUUUUAUUUGUAUAUUUUUUUCCCUUUUUCUUUCCCUUCCCUUCCU